AUGGUAGAAAUCGUGGCGGAGGCAGCAGCUUUCCCGUCUCUGGGCCACGGGGACGGUGAUGUGCCCGGGACUCCCAUGGCCCUCUGGCGGUCCCUGGCUUUUACUCUGCCAGCCCUCCCGAGACUCAAGCAGAGAGCUGCCCAGAGGCUGGAGACAGGAGGGGGCAGCGCUGGGGAGGAGGCUCCUGCUCUGGGGCCAGAGGGAUGCGUUUGGAUCCCAGCUCUGGCACCUGUGUUCCGCCAUGGCGACCGGGCCCCGCUGGCCUCCUAUCCCACUGACCCGCACAAGGAGGCUGCAUCUACCCUGUGGCCACGUGGCCUGGGCCAGCUGGCCGGGGAAGGGGUCCGCCAGCAGCUGGAGCUGGGCCGCUUCCUGAGGAGUCGCUACGAGGAUUUUCUGAGCCCCGAGUACCGGUGGGAGGAGGUGUACAUUCGCAGCACAGACUUUGACCGGACCCUGGAGAGCGCUCAGGCCAACCUAGCGGGGCUGUUCCCUGAGGCCGCCCCAGGGCGCUCCGAGGCCACCUGGAGGCCAAUCCCUGUGCACACGGUGCCCCUCCGUUUCCUCCAGCUGCUGAGGUUCCCUACACGCAGCUGUCCAUACCAGGAGCUGCUGAGGGAGGCCACGGAGGCCGCCGAGUACCAGACGGCCCUAGAGGGUUGGACGGACUUCUUGACUCACCUGGAGAACUUCACGGGGCUGUCGCUGGUCGGGGAGCCGCUCCGCAGGGCGUGGAAAGUUCUGGACACUCUUAUUUGCCAGCAAGCCCACGGUCUCCCCCUCCCACCCUGGGCCUCCCCGGAUGUCCUGCAGACACUAGCUCAGAUCUCGGCUUUGGAUAUUGGGGCACACGUGGGCCCACCCGGGGCAGCAGAGGAGGCCCAGCUGUAUGGGGGAAUCCUGCUGGAUGCCAUCCUUGCCGACUUCUCUCGGGUGCAGCACUUGGGGCUGCCCCUCAAGAUGGUUAUGUAUUCGGCUCGCGACAGCGCUCUCCUGGCCCUCCAGGGGGCCCUGGGUCUCUAUGACGGGCACACACCGCCUUAUGCCGCCUGCCUCGGCUUUGAGUUCCGGAGGCGCCUUGGGGACCCGGAUGACGAUGCAGGGGAUGUCACCAUCUCCCUCUUCUACCGCAACGACUCUGCCGGCUUACCCGUGACCCUCAGCCUCCCCGGGUGCCCGGAGGCCUGCCCCUUAGGCCGCUUCCGCCAGCUGACUUCCCCUGCCCGGCCUCCGGCUCGCGGGAUCCCCUGCCAUGGCUUCCACGAGCCCGCCAACCCCGCAGCCACCGUGGUGCCCCUGCUGGCUGGGGCUGGGGCCGUGCUGGCAGCCCUCAGCAUGGGGCUGGGCCUGCUGGCCUGCAGAGCCGGCUGCCUGCGGGCCUGGGGGGGGGGGCCCGUGUGAGCCAUGGAACCGGCACCCUUUCCCCCGCAGCUGACACUGGGUUCCAACACAUCUGCUCACCCGCUGCUCUGGCUUUUGUGACUUACCGUGUGCGCUGGGGGAACACAGGGAGGGCUCCCAGGCCUGGAAGUCACAAGCGGUCCUAUGUAUGUGUGGGCUUAAGUGUGCAUGUAUUAACACACGUGCACAUACGUGUGGAUGUCUAUUCAUGCAUAUGCUCCUGCACGGAUCUGUGUAUACACGUAUUUGGCGUACACGCACAUGCUCACGUGGUGCUUUGCAUGUGUGGGUGAUACGUGCAUCAGUGUUUAUGUGCAGGUUUCUGUACAUGCCUGGAAGCGCAUGGUGUACGUGCAGGAACCUCUAUUUGUAGGUGCAGCACAUGUGAUGUGUGCGAGCCUGCGGGGUGACCCCCUCCCCACCGCGAGCCAUGCGCUGCCAGGGUCCAGCUCACUCAGCCUGGCUUUGGUGCCCGCCUGGUAGUGGGAGAGCUAAGGUCGGGGUUCAGAGCCUGGCCGCACAGCCAGCCUGCUGGGACCAACCCGGAGGCUGUGACCGUGGGCUAAGCAUUGUCUCUGCACCGCCAUCUCCUCUGGCACGCGACUCCUCCAUCAGGUUAGCCAGCCUCCGGGGAGCCAGCAGCAGAGAAGUGGGGGGGGGGGGAGGGGGGAGGGGUGCCGUAGCAUCCCCUCUGGGCUACCUAGCGUAGCACUUGCUAUAAUUACGAUUUGGAGGGGGCGGGAUCCCGGGAUCCCACCCAAGUACUGUCUAGUAUGGUAGCCACUGGCUGCCGCGUGGCUGUUUGAAUUCACAUCGUGUAAAUAAAUAAAAUGUGAAAUUCAGGUCCCAGUCCUACUGGCCAGUUCAAGCACUCAUUAGCCACACGCGGCAAGUGGCUGCGGUAACGGGCAGCGCAGACAGGGAGCUUCCACGGGACAGCACUGAGCUUCCACGGGACAGCACUGAACGUAAGGAAAGGUACCGCUACCGGUGCUCGUCCCAGACCAGGCCGUCCCAGACCAGUACUUGCGCCGCUGCAUUUAGCCCUGCAACCCAGGAGGCGGCUCUGCCCUCCCCACACGCCAAGCACCAGGCAGCAGUCUGGGGCACCAAUGAUCGUGUCUGCAUCAUCAGGCAAACGUGCCAACACCCCAUUAGGCUGUCGGUGGGCAGCCUGGUGUGCAGUGUGUGCUCUGUAACCCCCACUGGUGCCCGUUAGACGGGGGAGGCUUGGAGGGUCAGAGGUGGGGCUGGGCAGCCAGACACGAGAACCACCCCCCGCUGCCAGGACACCUCGGGGACGGGAGGGAAAGGGCAGGGGUCAACAGCCCCGUCCUCACACGCGGACAAGCCCGGCUCCACCCACCUCCCAGCACCACCUGCCCUGGGCCCCCAAGGGAGCCUCUUGUCAUGCGCACGCGGCCUGCCCCUGCCCCUGCCGGUACCGGACAGUCACGGCCCGAGGGAAGGCCUAGGAACGCCCUCUGCACUUCACUUCUUGGUCCUGCUUGGGGGCGGGGCUGGAGUCGCAGUGGUGCAGCCUCUUGCUUCCAGAUGCGCGGAAGACCCAAAGGAAGUUCCAGCCGAUUUACCUGACCCCGCGGCUGAGCGCCCAGCCCCCUCCUCAGCAGACUGCUGGGAGGGCCAUGGAGGUGGGGGACCUCGCUGGGGCUGCCGUGCCUCUCUCCAUCCUCACCCGGGGAGGGUUCUGGCCGUCAGACGCCGCAGCUCACACGCAGUGACGUGCGGGCUACUUGACGGGUGCCUGGUACCGCCUGCCAGGGCUGUGCAUCCUCAAAGCUGGGAUUCUUGGCCCCAGCACCCCUCGCCCAGAGGUACCAGCCAC